AUGGAACGACAAGAUUACGAAGAAAAUUAUCGUGAUAAUGAUCAAGCACUGGACGACGAAGAUAAUCAUGAACUAUCCGUAACACCGGUACCAGAAAUAAUCAACGAUGAAGAUAAUUAUGAUGAAAAUAUCGAUCCUGUCGACAUGUCAAAAUCUCAAGAUAUGCCUUCCUUAUCAGCCAAUAAUACCAGUUCUACUACUAUGACGGGGGCGAAAUCUCGUCGAAAACAUCAUCACCAUCAUCAUCAUCAUCAUCGUCAUCCUCAACGCCACGUUGAUGAAAAUGUUCCUCAACAGCAACAACAAUCAUCAUCGACAUCAUCUGUAACCGUUACAACUCCCGACGAUAAUGGGCCGUUAUCGGCGACAACAACAGCAAUAACAACAAAAAGCGACGAUAGAGCAUCUCCUGUGAAUCAUCAUACACUCCGUGAAAACCAGCAACUAUCGGAUCGAUCAUCGCCUGUUAACGGUCCUGGUUUAGCUAAGCCUAUAUCGAUGACAUCCUCUCUAAAAGAACAUCGUUCUUCAGCAACAGCUAAUACAGCUGGAACGAAACGUAUCGAUGCUGCCUUAGAAAAGAACAUUGAAACUAUUGUCACGCAAGUUCGUCGGACGACAACGAAACCAUCUCAAUUGACUCAAAAUGACUUACAACUAUUCGAUAGUACCUCGUCAACAAAUAGUAUUCCGAGUGGACACCAUUCACGUGAAACAACACCAAUUACAUCGACUAGUAAUCAAAAGCAUGUGUCAUCAUCAUCGUCACGUGAGAUGACACCGGAUUCGAUCAAUGCUGAUUCUGCUAAUGAAGAUCAACAACAACAACAACAACACCACCAUACUAUCCGAAAUGGAAAUCAUUAUUAUCAUCAACGUGCUGCACAUCCUCAAUCUCCUACUCUUCCUCCCGGAGCAGCUACUGCUGACUUAAAUGCGCCAACUAUUUCACCGUAUGGUCAACAGCCAUGGCCUCCUACCGUCUAUCCAUUUCCUCAUCAACAUCCCGGACUUUAUUUGCCUUACCCGCCGCCAACAACAUCAACACCAGCCAACGGCUUACCAUCGUUUUAUCCUUCCUAUGAUCCAUUAUUAAUCGAACAACAUUACGGUUCACAAGGUCUAUCGGCGUUUUAUACUCAGCAACAACAACAACAAGCGCGCCUGUUACAAGAGCAUUCAACAAUGUCAGGUACGCCAAUCAAUCCGUCUUUAUUUAGAGAAUCUCAAUCAUUAACAGAUAUAUUUCAUAAUAAUGUAAAUAAUAAUAAUAAUAACAAUCAUGCAACAACUCCAACUCGUCUAAAUCCGCUUUUGACAAACUUAACUGAACAACAACAAUUGAUGCUUUCGCAUCUCUAUCUCAAUCAGAUCACUUCGCUUCCAUUUGUAACUUUAUAUGAUAAUACAUCACUAGGUCAACAAUUUAGAUUUAACGGAGAUAUUGAUCGUCUCUCAACAUCGUUAACGACUCCAACACGAGAACACGGUGAAAACUCUCCUGUUGGUAGUGGUGAAUCCACCAAAUCUGCCGAUUCUAUUGCAACUGGACAUCGGAAAAAGAAAUCGGCAUCUCGUUCAUCUCAACCACAUCCGUCAGCGAAUGAAAACAUCUCGAAAUUAUCUCCAGAUCAUUCAUCCGACGGUGCUGGUACGAACGAUGCUGAUAGCAUAAUUUCCGUUGAAAGUCAAAAAUCAGGCACGAAUUCAAGUAUGCCCAUACUUGAAGAUGGCCUGUCUGAUUCGGAAAAUCUCAGCGGCGACGAACAACAACAGUCAUCGCCUGUGAAAUCCAAAACAAAUGGUUGUCACCAAGCGACAAAAAGUGAUUUUCUAUUUGAUAAAAAUCAUUCGUCCUUAGUCACGUCAUCGCACAAACGCCAAUUUGCUAAAUCUGUCAAUACGAAUGGUGUCGAACCUCAGUCGAAUUCGUUUUAUAUUCGUCCACCUCCUCCGUCAUCGUUCGUUCGACCAGUAGUAACAAAUCAUUCGACACCGCCAGGCAAUACUCCAACCUCCGAUUCGAAUCGAACAAAAAUUCCACCAGAAGAAACAUCCACAGCUCCAGCAGAUGAGGGAAAUACUAAUCCAAAACCAGUGCGAAAAAAGGAUUACGAUACAGAUGAAGAAACUGAUAAAUUGCUCGGCGUUGAACAUCGUAUCAAUGCGAAAAACCAAGCCAUUCGUGAUGCUGCUGUGUCCAAACCAACCAGCAAAUCGAAAUCACAAGAAACUCUCACUCAAUCAAUUGCUCAUCCAGAAAACUCAUCAGUGUUAAUCGAAGGCGUUCUAUUCCGUUGUCGUUAUCUCGGUUCAACGCAACUACUCGUCGAAGGAAAUCCAACGAAAGCGUCAAGAAUGAUGCAAGCUCAAGAAGCCGUUGGCCGAAUCAAAGCACCGCAAGGCGAAAGUCAGCCAUCGGUUGAAGUCGAUCUAUUUAUUUCGACCGAGAAAAUUAUGGUCCUAAAUACUGAUUUACAAGAUAUUCUGAUGGAUCAUUCGUUGAGAUCAAUAUCUUAUAUUGCUGAUAUCGGUGAUCUUGUUGUGCUAAUGGCUAAACGCCGUUAUCUUCAACAUACAGAUGAUAGUGUUAAUGGAAGUGAUGAUUCAAAUGAAACAGCCACCCGUCGUGUGGUCUCCGUCAAUCAAAAGAUGAUUUGUCAUGUGUUUGAAUCCGAAGAAGCUCAACCAAUUGCUCAUUCGAUCGGUCAAGCAUUUCAAGUUGCAUAUGUUGAAUUUUUAAAAGCGAAUGGUAUCGAUGAUCCAAGUCUUACACGUGAUAUUGAUUAUCAAGAAGUAUUAAAUCAACAAGAAAUUGGCAGCGAAGAACUCGAUCGAUUUUCGAAGAAAGAGUGUCAAAAAGAAGUUAUUGUUCCUAAAGCAAAAAAUGAACCACUCGGUAUAGUGAUUGUUGAAAGUGGUUGGGGAUCGAUGUUACCAACCGUUGUUAUCGCCAAUAUGAUGCCAACUGGACCAGCGGCAAGAGGUGGACAUUUGAAUAUCGGGGAUCAGAUCAUAUCGGUUAAUGGAAUUAGUUUAGUUGGAUUACCUUUGUCUUCUUGUCAAGCACAGAUUAAAAGUGUCAAACAUUUAACAACUGUACGAUUAGUCGUUGUUCCUUGUCCACCAGUUGUUGAAGUACUCAUCCGUCGACCAGAUACAAAAUAUCAGCUCGGCUUUAGUGUACAGAACGGCAUCAUUUGUAGUUUACUUCGCGGCGGUAUCGCCGAACGUGGUGGUGUCCGCGUUGGCCAUCGAAUUAUUGAAAUAAACGGAAAUAGUGUUGUCGCAACCCCACAUGAAAGAAUCGUUAGUAUGCUUUCAAAUUCCAUCGGUGAACUUCGAAUGAAAACCAUGCCGACCCAAAUGUAUCGUCUCUUAACUGGACAAGAAAAUCCAAUUUAUAUAUAA